GUGGCUGCCGCGGAGCCAGAGCAGCAAUGGCGGCGGGUGGCGGUGGUGGCUACGACCCCCUGGUCCCGGCGGGGGUUCCCUGCGCCUUCUCCCCGGAUAAACAGACCUAUUUCGCUUUGGCCUCUACCGACGGUCACUUGCGAGUGUGGGAGACAGCCAACAACCGACUGCACCAGGAGUACGUGCCUUCCGCGCACCUCAGCGGUACCUGCACCUGCCUGGCCUGGGCGCCAGCGCGGCUGCAGGCCAAGGAAAGUCACCAGAGGAAAAAAAGAAAAUCAGAAGUCGUAGGAACAAGUGACCAGAUUGACUUGUUGGCUCUUGGUACAGCAGUUGGUAGUAUUUUAUUGUACAGUACAGUGAAAGGAGAGUUACACAGUAAAUUAAUAAGUGGUGGACAUGAUAACAGAGUCAAUUGCAUACAGUGGCAUCAGUACAGUGGCUGCUUAUAUAGUUGUUCAGAUGAUAAAUAUAUUGUGGAAUGGAACUUAGAGACAUGCAAAGUAAAGUGCAAAUGGAAAGGAGACAAUAGCAGUGUCAGUUCCCUGUGUAUCAGCCCAGAUGGCAAGAUGUUGCUUUCAGCUGGUCGAACAAUCAAACUAUGGGUUUUGGAGACCAAAGAAGUCUAUAGACACUUCACAGGACAUGCGACGCCAGUUUCAUCACUUAUGUUCACUACUGUCAGACCUCCUAAUGAGAGCCAGCCUUUUGAUGGAGUUACAGGUCUUUAUUUCUUAUCGGGAGCAGUACAUGACCGGUUACUUAAUGUCUGGCAGGUCCGGUCAGAAAGCAAAGAAAAGAGCGCAGUGAUGUCAUUUACAGUUACAGAUGAACCUGUCUAUUUUGACUUGACUUUGUCAGAAAAUAAAGAAGAGCCUGUCAAGUUAGCUGUUGUUUGCAGAGAUGGUCAGGUCCAUCUUUUUGAGCACAUACUAAAUGGACACUGCAAAAAGCCUUUGACUUCAAACUGCACAAUUCAGAUAGCAACACCUGGGAAAGGCAAGAAAUCAACACCAAAACCCAUCCCUAUUCUAGCAGCUGGCUUUUGUUCAGACAAAAUGUCAUUGUUGCUUGUGUAUGGCAAUUGGUUUCAGCCUACUAUUGAGCGAGUGGCUUUAAACUCCAAAGAAGCUCACAUGUGCUUAGUAAGGGAUAUUUCAAACUGCUGGGCCCCAAAAGUAGAAACGGCUAUAACAAAGGUAAGAACACCAGUGAUGAAUUCUGAAGCAAAAGUCCUGGUGCCUGGGAUCCCUGGACAUCAUGCGCCAAUCAGGCCUCCUCCCCCACAAACCAAGGAAGUGGAGAACAAGAGGAAAUCAGGGAGUAACGAGGUUAGCAUUGAAGAACGCCUGGGAGCAAUGGAUAUAGCUAAAAAAGAAGGAAAAGAUGAGCUUCUGCAGACAAAUAGCUUUCCAGUUCUUCUCACACAGGGUUUAGAAAGCAAUGAUUUCGAAAUGCUAAAUAAAGUACUUCAAACUAGAAAUGUAAACCUAAUAAAGAAGACUGUAUUAAGAAUGCCCUUGCAUGCUGUGAUUCCAUUGUUGCAAGAGCUUACCAAGAGGUUGCAAGGACAUCCUAAUAGUGCUGUUUUGAUGGUUCAGUGGCUGAAAUGUGUGUUAACAGUUCAUGCAUCAUACCUGUCAACAUUGCCUGAUCUUGUACACCAUCUGGGGACACUCUACCAGCUAAUGGAAAGCAGAGUCAAAACUUUCCAGAAACUCUCCCACCUUCAUGGAAAACUUAUUCUUCUAAUCACACAAGUUUCAGCAUCAGAGAAGACGAAGAGAAUGGCUGCCCCUGAACAGAACGCAAAACUGGUGUAUGAAGAAGAAUCUUCUGAAGAGGAGUCUGAUGAUGAAAUUGCGGAGAAGGAUUCUGAUGAUAAUUGGGAUGAAGAUGAGGAAGAGAAAGAAAGUGGGAAAGAUGAGGAUGUUGAUGAAGAGGAAAAUGAGGAUGCUGAAGAAAAAGGAGAAAAUGGUGAGGACAGAGACGUGGCAAGUGAAAAAGAAGUAAAUGGAGAUUCUGAUUUAGAUCCUGGAAAUGAAAGUGAAGAAGAAUGAAAUCAGAUAACUGUUAACUUGGGCUUACCUUGCCCAGUGCUGCCGAGUCCUCCCAGGGAGGGUGCCCUGUGCCAGGAGGCUAAAGACUGCUCAGCAUUUCCAAGUUCACAGUGGUGAUUCCCACACACUUUGCUGUCCUGAGCGCCCCAGACUUUUAACUGUGUAAAUAAGAGUGUUUCAUUCAAAUGUUAAUAAACUUUACACAGUAAAUAGACACAUUUUCUGCAAUGUACUGACAUGAGUGUCCAAUAUAUGGUAUAUUUUUAUAAGAUAAUACCCUAGUAUGAUUGGUUAUAUCAGGAAUUGACCUAAGUUAAGACAGAUGUCCCAUAGGGGUUCAAGAACUGGAUGCUUGUGAAGGAGUUAGCUCUCAUCUCAGGUUGGUAUCUUUUAUCAAAUCCAGAUGUGAAGCAGCACUAGUGAAAAGUUGUAAAUUUGGCUCACUUAAUUUGAUAACAUUUUCAUAAAAUAUGAAGGGAUGAUUAAAAACUGGAGCAAAAAUGAUUCUGAUUAAAAAAAAGUCGGUAUCCCUAGCUUAUCUAUUAACUGUGGUGAUCUGACUUAAGUCAGAUUGAACAUUUGGAGUGCUUCCCAAAAAUAACCACUUAUUUUUUAACUGUCAUGUGAAAUAUUUUUUUAAAACAAAAGAAUUAUGGUAAUGAAAAAAAACUAAAGAUUUAGCCAUAUUAAGGGUUUUUCUCGUCUGCCAGUUGCCUGUAAGAAUCAUCAGUGUAUAGAAGUGCUCAUUACCUGCAACUUUUUAAAAUAAAUUCAGUCACAGCUGCUUUUGAAGAGGUUCAUUUUUAUUUAAAUUACUAAUGGAUCA